AUGAAAACUUUAUAUUUCCAAUUUUUCCUCCUUUUCCUUUCUCCAAUCGAGUCAGCUGGACCGGGAAAAGUCGCUUCAAAACCGUCGAAAUUGUGUGCUGAUGAGAAAUGCACAGUCCCUCUAUUCACCUCAAAAGUCACCAGAGCUUUGCCGAAUUUUCACGAGCAAUUUCUAAAUGGACUCAAAGAAAGCGAUGAGGUUCAAAUUGUCGCUUUCAAGUUCAGCAAUCGACCGGACAUGAUGGAGGCUAUUACAGUUGAUGGACAGCGCGGGUUUAUUCUUGAUGGAAUGAUCCAGCGCUCCCCGUUCGCCGGUUUCCUUAAAAAAGCGAUCGAUGGCCAAUUCGAGUUGAAAGUGAUCAGCCAGGACAAUAAGGAUAUCGGAGAGAAAAGGGUUUUAGGCACCGUACUCGCGCAUCUCGACCUAAUUCGGGACUACAAUGUGGCGGCGAAACGAGCGGCGGCUGAAUUGGGCGCUGAGCCUCCCCCAGAGUUGCCCGUACCCGAGAUUCAACCGAAAGGACACACCCAUUCACAUUCGCAUUCACACGAUGCAGGACAUGGGCAUUCACAUGGCGGAAAUGAUCACUCACAUGAAGGACAUGGACAUAGUCAUGAACCCGGUCAUUCGCAUGAUGAAUCACAUGGACAUUCACAUGGAUCACUCGACGCUGCGGCUGGAGGCUUCAACAAGUUGUCUAUUGAUCCACCUCAACCGCCUACAACUGAACCACCAGUCGAACCACCUCAACCGCCUACAACUGAACCACCUCAACCGCCAGUCGAACAACCAAAGGAGGUGAUUGAGGAGAAAAAAGUCGAGUUGGCAGAAAACAGCACCACCCCGACACCGGCACCGACACCGACACCGACACAACCCGUUCAACCACCAAUCGCUCACUCACCACCACCGAUUGUUGAUGGGAAUUCGAUUGUUGAUGAUGUAAAGUUGACAACUGAAGCCGAGAUCAAUGAGGAAAUCGAGCGCUUGAUGCAAAAAGAUAUCGAAAUGAUGGAAAAGAUUAAAACGGAGGAUACGGAAGAGCCGAUUGAGGAGCCGAAAAUUGAGACGGUCAAGGAUACGGUAGUGGAGGUGGAGGCACCAGAGGAGAAGCCGAUUGUUGAGACAACUCCUCCACCGAUCCAAAUGCCCCGCCUCUCCUCGCUAGACAUUUUGGGGAAACGAGCUGAGACUGGGGACCCAACACCAGCACCUGUUCAACAAGAGGACGAAAAGGUUGAUAUGCCAAAAGUUGAAACGAUUCAACCACUCGAACCUGUGAAAGAAUCCGAAAUUCCGACAAUUACGCAUGAUACGCCAACAAUUGAGCCACCACAAGUCCCUGAGCCCCCUCCUGUACAAGUUGAGAAACCCGUUGACGUCACUCCGCCACCGGAUUUACCGUCCGAUGAAUUUUGUCAUGGAGACGAAUGCGGAAAGGUGAAGCCGUUGACCACCGAACAACAAACAUUAGACCCGCCAGAAACCACAACAACCACCACAACAACAACCACAACUCUGCCAAUCGAGGAUCCCCAACAACAACCCGUUCAACAAGUUGCUGAUUUCGUGGACAUGGAGGAGCUGGCCCGUCAAGCGACUCAGCCAGGCGUCUUGUCGAGAGGACUCUCAAUGAUCACGAACGUUUUUCGAGCCGUGCCUGGCUUGAGCGGAUUGAGCGAUGGAGGUAUUGGCAUUGUUCUCAACCUCACGGUGCUGGCAAUUUCGAUCGUGAUGUGGUUCUUCAACAAUAUGCUUUCAGGAUCAGAUCCAGUUGCAUCGAAUCUUCGAGCCGCACACGACAUGGCGACGAGAAACAAAGAAUUAGAGACGCUUUUGAAAGAACGAGAGAACGAGCUCAUGCGCUUCAAACAAGCUGGUGGGAAUGAUGCGCAUGCUCUGCAAUCGUUUCGAACGGAAAAUUCGAGCUUGCAUGAACGAGUAAAUCAACUACAAGAAAGGCUGGCCGUUGUCGAACCCGAUUUGAGGAAAGAGACGGACGCUCGAGCACAUUAUGAAACCGACCUUGCAAAAGAGCGAGAAGCAAUGGCAAUCCUUCGCAAGAAUGAGGACGAGUUGCGCCAUCGCCUUGCUGCUAGUGAGAAACAAUCGACAAAGGCCACACAAGAGCUCGAGGAACAACAAGAUCGCGCCUCAAAACUUGAUGCAAAGCUGAAUGAAGUACGCACUCAGAAGGAACGCCUUGACGGUGAGCUGAACAACACAAAAACGAAAGUGGAGGAACUCCGUGCCGAUCUUCGACGUGUCAAUGAAGAGCUCAGCAAGGAAACAAAAAUGCGUGAGGAUCUUGCGGUGCUUGAGGUCGAGUUCCGCCAUAUGAUCGCCGAACUACAAGCAAAACUCGCCGAAGCCGCUCUACAACCGCAAUCCGUUGCCGUAACAAAGAGUGUCGCUGAGAAAAAAACGACCGAGGCCAGUAGUGCAUCUGGUAGUGGCGGUGGAUCGAAUGGUUGGUCGGACAUCGAAGACUUUGAGGAGAACGAGGCUGAGAAAGAGCGCAAAGAAAAGGAGCGAUCGGCUUCAAUUACAAAGAGCUUACCAGUUACACAAAUUGGAGAUAUUCAGGAAGUAGCUCGUUUGCGUGGUGAGAUCAAACGUCUUGAGCUUCAAGUGGCAUCAACAAAGAAUGAGCUUGAACAUGAGCUAACGCUGAAGAAAGCACUACAAGAAAAAGUUAACAGUUUGGAGGAAGCGAUCAAACAAAAGGGACUCGAAUUGGACAAGAGUGAGGUUGAACGACGACAGGCCUUCGAACAAUCAACCAAAUUGUUGCAAAUGCUCGAUGGUGCCCAUUCCAAAUCAAAUGACUCUGAAGUUCAGAUUUCCAAUUUACGCGAUGAGGCUCGCAAAUUGCAAGAAGAGGCUCGAAUUGUGGAUGAUGAGCGUCGAAAGAAGGAACAACAACUCAAGGAUGUUGAAGAGGAGCUGAAGAAAUUGCGCAACGACCACCUGAAGCUUGAAACAAAGCACUUCAAUUUAAGUCGAGAACAUAGGAGCUUGAUGGACCAACGGGCUCUUGGUGCUGGUCCAGGCGAUUUGCUGGGUGGUGGAGGAUUGGGACCGUCAGGAGCCGAGCGAAUGGGCGCAGGAUCACGUUCUGGUGGUCUCCUCUCUGGAGUCGGCUUUGAUGCUUCCGCCUGGGAUGAACCACCAAUGGUACAACCGCAUCAAACUCAUCGCAUUGGAAGUUCGCCCGAAGAUUUUGAUUUGCUUCCAGAAGCCGGAAUGCCACAAAUUCGUCGAUCUUCGCGCUCGAGACGAUCGGAGAGACGCCAAUCGCCCUCUGAUGCCGAGGGACACCGACGCAGUCAUCAGCCAGUCUAUCAAAAGGAGCCGAAUUCACCGGGCCAUCGAAGGCGCUCUCGCUCUCAAGGACGACAGCCGUAUAUGGGCUACAAUGAUUACGGAUUGUUCAACACGGCUCCACAACGGGGACCUCUGCUUCCUAAUAGGCCUGGCUCACACACUGGCGGUUCGGUGGGGAUGGGCGGUCAUAUGUACUACUCUUCUGGUGGAUCAAAUUCGGGUCGUUCUCCGCCUCCGGAGAUGAUUGCGCACUCGGCGGUGCCGCCUGUUGGCCUGCACAAGCCGAAGGGAACUCGAGCUGUUGAUCUGAAUGCUGCCUUCAAA